GGGUCCGAGACGUUCACAAGCUACGCCUACGCACAUUGGUUGGCGGCCCAUCACGCUACCAACACGACGCAGAUCCCCCGAAUCCCUUGUUUUCUGCUGGCGUGUCUUAGUCGGGCCGGGGGGGUUCAGACAGAUGCAACCCAAGGUUCUUGCGUCAUCUUUUCGUCGGUGGUCGUCGUCGCCCCGCGUUGUCACGUUACAGCGGCGCCCGGCACCGCCAAGGGGAAAGCCAGGUCUCUCUCUCUCUCUCUCUCUCUCUCUCUCUCUAUCUCUCUAUCUCUCUAUCUCUCUCUGCCACCACCCCGUAGUGCUUCUAAUUAUCCACCGCGUCUUUUGCAUUCUUGCCCACUUCCCCUCUGCACGUGGCCAAGUGCGUGCAUCGUGUUGCGUGGCACCGUACUGUGCUGCAUUGCUUGCAUAUUCAACCGAGUUGUUGUGCACGGAAAAAACAAGAACUUUGGGACAUCAGCCGUUGUCCUGCAGGUCCCCCACCCGUCUCUGGGCCUCGUUGGGAUGGCGGCGAGUAGGAGAGGACAUGUAUGCAUCCCGCCUACGCCUACGCAACCGCCUACGUAUGGCCGUUCUCGACACGGACUCGGCACGGGAAGCCAGCCGCUGCCCCCUUUCUCCCCAUAGACCUUGACCAAUUUACAAAACACCGCGGACCAAAAAUAUCGACGUGUAGUGCUGGUGGCUGUGAACAAAUGGCGCCUAGUCCGUCAGAGAGUACCGCCGCCUGGGGAGAGAUCGACAGCAAGGUGGGAAUGCUGUUCG